AUGAAGCUCAGCUUUGCCAGUCGCCUGUCGCACGCGUCCGGCAACAAGAGCUGUGUGGUUGCAGGUGACCAGUCACAGUUGUUCAUCUGGGGCUUUCGGUCUAGCAGCCUGCGUAUAGUCGCGUCGCUGGUCGAACUGCUUUUUUGCGGAACCUUGACUUUGGUCUUCUACUGGAAGCCGGAAUGGCGUCUUUUGUUCUACAAGCGUGGUUGUGCCCUCGAACAUGCCGAUGCGGUACUUAUUCGGUGUGUGACGAAAUCAAUUUUUUCUUGA